AUGGUUCGAUUAGUCUUUCGCCCCUAUACCCAAAUUUGACGAUCGAUUUGCACGUCAGAACCGCUGCGAGCCUCCACCAGAGUUUCCUCUGGCUUCGCCCUAUUCAGGCAUAGUUCACCAUCUUUCGGGUCCCCACAUUUACGCUCUUACUCAAAUCCAUCCGAAGACAUCAGGAUCGGUCGAUGGUGCGCCCGCGAGGGGCUCCCACCUCCGUUCGCUUUCACUGCGCGCACGGGUUUGACACCCCGAACACUCGCGUAGAUGUUAGACUCCUUGGUCCGUGUUUCAAGACGGGUCGUUUACAACCAUUAUGCCAGCGUCCGUGCCGAAGCGCGUUCCUCGGUCCAGGCUGGCAGCAUUGCACCCCCGGCUAUAAGGUGCCCCG